AUGAGCGAACCACGCGAUUCCAAAAACACAUUUGCCCACGAAAAGUCGUCGAAGACGCCGAGAACCAGCGCCGGCAGUGAGCAUCGCCGAUCCAUCGAUCCAGCCAAGGGAAAUCGCGAGUUUAUGGAUACCGUUCAAAUAUGGAUGAAACAACAUGAUGAAGAACUCGAGAAGGCCUCCGGGAUGCUGAGCGAUACCAACACACGUGUGGAGAAGCUGGAGAAACGCGUCAAAGAGGGACUCGACAAUUGUGAGGCACGAGCGACAACUCAGCCGAGGUCCAACAGAGCAUCAGCCAUAAUGGCACACCAAGUAUCAAGUCACAGUAUGAGACUAGGUGAAUUGGAAAAACAGGUUGAGGAAAAUCAUGAUUGGACGAAGAAUAGCAUCAGUGAGAUACAGGAAUACUAUAAUGCUGGGGCUGCUGCGAACAAUGGCAACGAUCUCUAG